CCCAUCUGGUGCUGGUGCCCCACAGCGAUCUCAGGGGCCGACGACUGCACCUGGAUGUGGGCUGCAGAAUGACGCCCAUGUUUCACUCCAGUUCAUCCCAGCCUCCCUUGGGACAGGGAAGAGAAAUGGCUGCAGAGGAGCUAGUUCAGGGGCCGGUGGCCUUCGAGGAGGUGGCUGUGUAUUUCACCAGGGAAGAAUGGGCUCUGCUGGAGCCCGCUCAGAGAGCCCUCUACAGAGCCGUCAUGCAGGAGAACUAUGAGAAUGUGACCUCGCUGGGGUGUCCCGUUGCCAAACCAGACGUGAUCUCGCAGCUGGAACGAGGGGAAGAGCCGUGGGUCCCGGACCUCCAGGGCUCUGAGGAAGGAGAGAUCCCGAGAGGCGCCUGUGCAGCAGGGGAUGCGAUGGUAAGUGAGAAUGAGGAGCAGGAAGAUGGUGAGCACGUGGAAGCACACGGGGGAUUAUCGCAAGGAUCCAAGGGGAAUGUGUCCAGACGUCAUGUGCAGGGAAAAGCCUCUGAGAGCCAGCAAAGUCCAGAGAGAGAUCAGGGAAACCAGCCCAGGGAGAAAGUGGGCAAAUCCAUUAAUUGUCAGCGAACUCACCAGGACUUCAAGGAAAUCACAGCCCAGCAGAGAACCCUCACAGGAGAGAGAAAAAACACAUGUACUGAGUGUGGGAAACACUUCAUUCUGAACUCCACCCUUAUUAAACAUCAGAGGAUCCACACAGGAGAGCGCCCCUACGAAUGCUGUGAGUGUGGGAAACAGUUCAGUGAGAAAUCAAACCUUAUUAAACAUCAGACAAACCACACCCAAGAGCGACCCUAUGAGUGCCAUGAGUGCGGGAAAAAAUUCACUCGGAGCUCAACCCUUAUCAGACAUCAGAGGAGCCACACAGAAGAGAGACCGUAUGAAUGCAGUGAGUGCGGGAAAAGGUUCACUCGGAGCUCAGUCCUUAUUAAUCAUCAGAGAAUCCACACAGGAGAGCGACCCUAUGAAUGCAGUGAGUGCGGGAAAACCUUCCCUCAGAGCUCAAUCCUCUUUAAACAUCAGAAGAUCCACACGGGAGAGCGCCCCUACAAAUGCUAUGAGUGUGGGAAACAGUUCAUUGAGAAAUCAACACUUAUUAAACAUCAGACAAGCCACACGGGAGAAAGACCCUAUGAGUGCCGUGAGUGUGGGAAACAGUUCAGUCAGAAAUCAAGCCUUGUUAAACAUCAGACAAGCCACACAAGAGAGAGAUCCUGUCAGUGCUGUGAGUGCGGGAAAAGCUUCACCCACAGCUCAUCCCUUAUCAGACAUCAGAGGAUCCAUACGGGAGAGAGACCCUAUGAGUGCUGUGAGUGUGGGAAAAGCUUCACUUUCAAAUACGACCUUAAUAAACAUCAGAGGAUCCACACAGGAGAGCGCCCCUAUGAAUGCUGCGAGUGCGGGAAACAGUUCACCUGGAGCUCAGGGCUUAUUAAUCAUCAGCGAAUGCACACGGGAGAGCGCCCCUAUGAAUGCUGUGAGUGCGAGAAAAAGUUCACUCAGUGCUCGGGCCUUAUUAGUCAUCAGAGAAUGCACACAGGAGAGCGGCCCUAUACAUGCUGUGAGUGCGGGAAAAGCUUCACUCAGAAUUCAGGCCUUCUUAAUCAUCAGAGAAUUCACACAGGAGAGCGACCCUAUACAUGCUCUGAGUGCGGGAAAACGUUCCCUCAGAGCUCAGCCCUUUUUAAACAUCGAAGGAUCCACACGGGAGAGCACCCCUAUGAAUGCUCUGAGUGCGGGAAACAGUUCAGUGAGAAAUCAAAACUUAUUAAACAUCAGACAAGCCACACAGGAGAGAGACCCUAUGAGUGCCGUGAGUGUGGGAAAAGCUUCACUCAGACUUCAUCCCUUAUUAGACAUCAGAAGAUCCACACGGGAGAGAGACCCUAUGAGUGCUGUGAGUGUGGGAAAAGCUUCACUUUCAAAUACGACCUUAAUAAACAUCAGAGGAUCCAUACAGGAGAGCGCCCCUAUGAAUGCUGCGAGUGCGGGAAACACUUCAGGCGGAGCUCAAACCUUAUCAUACAUCGUAGAAUCCACACAGGAGAGAAGCCCUACACAUGCACUGAGUGCGGGAAAAGCUUCAAUUACAGCUCUACCCUUAUCACACAUCAGAGAAUCCACACAGGGGAGAAGCCCUACACAUGCUCUGAGUGUGGGAAAAGCUUUAAUCACAGCUCUACCCUGAUCACACAUCAUAGAAUCCACACAGGGCAGAAUCCCUACACAUGCUCUGAGUGUGGGAAAAGCUUCAGUCGGCGCUCAGACCUUGUCACACAUCGUAGAAUCCACACAGGAGAGUUGCCCUACACAUGCUCUGAGUGCGGGAAAAGCUUCAGUCGGAGCUCAAACCUUAUCACACAUCGUAGAAUCCACACAGGGGAGAAGCCCUACACAUGCUCUGAGUGCGGGAAAAGCUUCAGUUGUAGCUCAUACCUUAUCACACAUCGUAGAACCCACACAGGAGAGACGCCCUACACAUGCUCUGAGUGCGGGAAAAGCUUCAGUUGUAGCUCAUAUCUUAUCAGACAUUGGAGAGUCCACACGGGUGAGAAACCUUUUGGAUGCUCUGAGUGUGGGAAAUACUUCAAUUGGAGCUCACAUGUUAUCCGACAUAGGCGAAUCCACACAGGUGAGAAACCUUAUGGAUGCUUUGAUUGUGGGAAACGCUUCAAUCGGAGCUCACACCUCAUCAGACAUAGGAGAAUCCACACAGGAGAGACGCUCUACGCAUGCUCUGAGUGUGGGAAAAGCUUCAAUCAGAGCUCUGCCCUUACCACACAUCAGAGAAUCCACACAGGAGAGACACCCUACACAUGCUCUGAGUGCGGGAAAAGCUUCAAUCAAAGCUCAAACCUUAUCAGACAUCAGCGAAUCCACACAGGAGAGACGCCCUACAUGUGCUCUGAGUGUGGGAAAAGCUUCAAUGAUAGCUCAGCCCUGAUCACACAUCGUAGAAUCCACACAGGAGAGAAACCUUAUGGGUGCCCUGAGUGUGGGAAACGCUUCAAUCGGAGCUCACACCUCAUCAGACAUAGGAGAAUCCACACAGGAGAGACGCUCUAUGCAUGCUCUGAGUGUGGGAAAAGCUUCAAUCAGAGCUCUGCCCUUAUCACACAUCAGAGAAUCCACACAGGAGAGACGCCCUACACAUGCUCUGAGUGCGGGAAAAGCUUCAAUCUGAGCUCAACCCUUAUUAGACAUCAGAGAAUCCACACAGGAGAGACACCCUACACGUGCUCUGAGUGCGGGAAAAGCUUUAGUCAGCACUCACACCUUAUCAUACAUCGUAGAAUCCACACAGGAGAGAAACCCUACACGUGCUCUGAGUGUGGGAAACACUUCAGUGAUAGCUCAGCCCUUACCACACAUCAGAGAAUCCACACCGGUGAGAAACCUUAUGGAUGCUCUGAGUGUGGGAAAAACUUCAAUCAAAGCUCAACCCUUAUUAAACAUCAGAAAAUCCACAUGAGAGAGAACUGUAAUAAAUGCCCUGACUAGGGCUGGCCAAAGAUCUGAUUUUUUUAAAAAUCACUUUUGCUAAUUCCCAUGUGGUGCAAAUAUCACUAUCUUCAUGUGGUCUCUCAGCUCCCCCAGAUGAGUUGCCUGCUUCUGCCUUUUGAAGCUCACUGUUCUUUGGGGUCAGUCCUGUGAUCUUUUCUAUCAACUACUUUCCUUUUGAGUCGUAGGAGUGUGUGUCCCUCCAGCCAGGAAUGUUCAUCAGCUCCCGGAGGGGGAGAGAGAUUUGAUCCCAACAAGCUACACUGAGGCAAAAACUGCCCGUGCCUUACAUCCACUAGGACUGUACAUGGCGUUGGCUGCUCAAGUUAGUGAUCUUGGUGUAAAAAGAUAAUUCUAGUUGUAGAGCAGAUGCAGCCCAGGUGCAGUGGUUGGCAUUAGCUUUCCCCUUGACCUGACCUAAACAAACCCUGAGCAUCACGGUUAUACUGUUCCCCCAUUUCAAAGCAACUGUUAGUCAUCAAGUUCCCCCUUCGGGAACAAAUUGUUUCAUUCCCAGUUGCACUAAUGUUGCUUCAGGUUGUGCGGGAAAACAGAUAUUUUUACUACCAUUUUCCUCAUUUAAAAUAUAUUGAACUAUAACAAAGAGCAGGAACAGGGCACAGAUAAGGAAAAAUGUCAUUUCACCCUCUGUAACAACAGAAGAAGAUAGGGUAAGUCAGAGGGAUUUCCUUAUUCCCCAUCACCAUCCCAAUCCCCCUGUUGUUCAAUUGGUUAGGUCAAUAUUUUUUCUAAAGGCCUGGGAAGAGUAUUCCCUAGUAAAUGACUUGUAACUAAGCAAAAUACCCAUGCAUUGGGCUCCCAAAGCAGUUGUGGCCCAGGCCCUGCAGGAGGUCGCUCCUGAAGAUAUCUCCUUCCUAGUAAGGUGCAUGUUGCCUAUUAUUUGGGAAAUGCAAUACCUAUCAAGGUAGAGAUGGGAAAAAUGGAAGUGACAUUUCUCUUCAGCUCACCCCUGGGAGAUGCUGCAAAUGUGUAGAAAAUGAAAUCCGUGUUGAAUCUGAUAUAGCUGCAGAAAUAUAUCUAUUUUUAAUAGAUACCUGAUAUUUGGUAUCUUACAGAGAUUCUAAAACGCACCUGAAUUUAGUCCCUAAUUUAAAUCUGUCCCACCAAAUUAAAAAAAUAAAAGGGCAUAUUUGGGGGAGUUAUACCUCACUAUUGCUACUUAUAUGUUGUGUGGUUGGUGAAGUAUUCUACGCCAGAGAAUUGAAAAUUACUCCAAGUAAGGUCAAAGAUUUGACAACACUCAGGUAGAAAUUGCAGGUACUAGUGGUUGAUUUUUCACCCCAGAGAUAGAAGCUAUGGUGACCUGUGGCCCAGGUAAACUAUUUUUAGAAUGCUGCUCCGUAGUUCAAUGGCAUUGAUCACACUCUUAAAGGAUGCCAUGAUUAAAAUGGGAACAACUGUCUUUUACCAUUUUGAUCCAAAGUUUCAUGAAGCAUAGAGAGAAUCAUAGAAGAUUAGGGUUGGAAGAGUCCUCAAGAGGUCUUCUAGUCCAACCCCCUGCUUAAAGCAGGACCAACACCAACUAAAUCAUUCCAGCCAGGGCUUUGUGAAGCCGUGCCUUAAAAACCUUUAAGGAUGGAGAUUCCACCACCUCCCUAGGUAACCCAUUCCAGUGCUUCACCACCUUCCUAGUGAAAUAGUAUUUGCUAAUAUCCAACCUAGAUCUCCCACUCUGCAACUUGAGACCAUUGCUCCUUGUUCUGUCAUCUGCCACCACUGAAUAGCCAAGCACCAUCCUCCUUGGAACCCCCCUUCAGGUAGUUGAAGGCUGCUAUCAAAUCCCCCUUCAAUCUCCUCUUCUGCAGACUAAAUAAGCCUACUUCCCUCAGCCUCUCCUCGUAAGUCAUGUGCCCCAGGCCCCUGAUCAUUUUCGUUGCCCUCCGCUGGACUCUCUCCAAUUUGUCUACAUCCUUUGUGUAGUGGGGCCCCCAAAACUGGACGCAAUACUCCAGAUGUAGCUUCACCAGUGCCGAAUAGAGGGGAAUGAUCAUGUCCCUCAAUCUGCUGGCAGUGCUCCUACUAAUGCAUCCCAAUAUGCCGUUAGCCUUCUUGCCAACAAGGGCAUACUUCUGACUCAUUUCCAGCUUCUGAUCCACUGUAAUCCCCAGGUCCUUUCCUGCAGAACUGCUGCUUAGCCAGUCCAUCCCCAACCUGUAGCAGUUCAUGGGAUUCUUCCAUCCUAAGUGCAGGACUCUGCACUUGUCCUUGUUGAACUUCAUCAGACUUCUUUUGGCUCAAUCCUCCAAUUUGUCUACCCCUCCCCCCCUGUUUAGUGUCCUCUGCCGACUUGCAGAGGAUGCAAUUAAUCCCAUCAUCCAGAUCAUUAAUAAAGAUAUUGAACAAAACCGGCCCCAGGACCGACCCCAGGGGCACUAUGCUUGAUACCAGCUGUCAACUAGACAUCGAGCCAUUGAUCACUACCCAUUGAGCCUGACAAUCUAGCCAUCUUUCUAUCCACCUUAUAUUCCAUUAAUCCAAUCCAUACUUUUUAACUUGCUGGCAAGAAUACUGUGGGAGACUUUAGCAAUGAUUUUGAUACCAUCAAGAUAUAUCAUAUCCACCACUUUCCCCAUAUCCCCAGAGCCAGUUCUCAUCAUAGAAGGCAAUCGGGUUGGUCAGGCAUGACUUGCCCUUGGUGAAUUCAUGUUGACUGUUCUUGAGCGGGGAGGGAUAGCUCAGUGUUUUGAGCAUUGGCCUUCUAAACCAAGGGUUGUGAGUUCAGUCCUUUGAGGGGGUCACUUAGGGAUCUGGGACAAAAAUCUGUCUGGGAUUGGGCCUUCUUUGAGCAGGGGGUUGGACUAGAUGAUCUCCUGAGGUCCCUUCCAACCCUGAUAUUC